ACGAAGAAAACGAUAGCUUCCUAUUCUACUUCUUCUCGCUUGGUCGUCUCUUUGCCUCUUCUUCGCUGCAGUAAGAGUCAUUCCUAGAUUCCUCCUUCAUCCACGUCUCCAUUUUCUCCGAUCCUCACCCUUCUUACUGGCUAGAUCUCGCCUUCCUCAUUGAGCUCGCUGGACGAAGAUAUCCGGUCGAGCCCAGUGGAAAACGGUGGUGUGUGCUGGUAGAUCGAGCUAUUUUUCUGCUGCUCUUCAUUCCGCCGCUGUAUUUUUUCUCUUAUUCAUAUUACUCUGAUGUUUUCAUCUCGGAAGGCCUCCGUGGAAAAGUAGAUAGAGAUCUAUCUUUUCAGUUCCGAUAUUGAAGUCGGGAGUAGUACACUGCAGAUCAAUGGAUUCGACGAAAUUCACAGGAAUUAUCGCUGGAGGUGGCGGCGGCGGCGGGGGAAACUUCUAUGAAAUGGCGUACUAUCGGAAGCUUGGAGAGGAGACGAACAUGUCGGUGGAUAGUAUCCAGUCGAGCAACGGGGGCGGGUCGGUGGCGAUGUCGGUUGAGAACAGCAGCGUUGGGUCGACCGACUCACAAACAGGAAUCCUCCACCACAACGCUCUCCGCCAGGUUGCUGCUGCCAGCGGAAGCUCGGUUGGACACAGCGUUUUCCGCGCUGGUCGCGUCAGGCAUGCCUUAAGCAGUGACGCCCUAGCCCAGUUUCUGAUGGACCCGGGUUUCCCCACGCAAGGCCUUGACAACUACGAUGAGUGGACUCUUGAUCUUAGGCAAUUGAACUUGGGGGAGCCCUUUGCGCAAGGAGCAUUUGGGAAGCUUUACAGGGGAUCUUACAAUGGAGAAGAUGUGGCAAUUAAGCUGUUGGAGAAACCCGAAAACGAUCCUGAUAGAGCAAAGUUGAUGGAGCAGCAAUUUGCGCAGGAGGUGAUGAUGCUUGCUACACUGAAGCAUCUCAAUGUGGUCAGAUUCAUCGGGGCUUGUAGAAAGCAGUCGGUGUGGUGCAUUGUGACAGAGUAUGCUAAAGGUGGAUCAGUUCGACAGUUUCUGAUGAGGAGGCAAAAUCGGUCGGUGCCUCUGAAAAUUGCAGUGAGACAAGCGCUGGAUGUUGCAAAGGGAAUGGCGUAUGUUCAUGGGUUAGGUUUCAUCCAUAGGGAUUUGAAAUCGGAUAAUCUUCUCAUUUUUGGGGAUAAGUCGAUUAAAAUUGCUGACUUUGGAGUGGCCCGUAUUGAAGUGCAGACGGAAGGAAUGACACCCGAAACUGGGACAUACCGGUGGAUGGCUCCAGAGAUGAUACAGCGCAGACCUUAUACGCAGAAAGUUGAUGUCUAUAGUUUUGGCAUUGUACUCUGGGAGCUCAUAACAGGAAUGCUCCCAUUCCAGAACAUGACGGCCGUGCAAGCUGCUUUUGCGGUGGUGAACAGAGGCGCCCGGCCGAUCAUACCAAGCGAGUGCCCUCCGGUGCUCGGCGAGAUUAUGACCAGUUGCUGGAACGCGAAUCCUGAUGUUCGGCCACCAUUUGCAGACAUUGUGAAAUUGCUCGAAAAUGUUCAAGGUGAAUUGGCCACUUCUGUUCGCCGUGCACGUUUCAGAUGUUGCAUGACCCUGCCCAUGACUGUGGACUGAAGUAAAGGACACCGGGACAUCGGACAUAGAGAAUCAUCCGAAUUUCUCUUUGUCUAUAAUAAAAGAUAAAAGCACAGUUAUUCUAGCAGUCGCGCUUUUACUGUAGACAGAGAAAUCCAGAUGAUUCUGGUUGUCCCUUGUCCGAACCUAAUAAUUUCUCAAAGUAAAGGCAAUGAUUUAAUGUCAGAGGAAAAAUGAAGGCAACCGCUUUUUUACUGUUUUUUAAAGCAAUUUUUAGUUAAAAAUUUUUAAUUUUUAUAUUGAAAGACUGAUUUAAGAAGCAGUAAGAAAGUUGUGCAAGCUGAAGAAAGAUAAGAAAACUGCUGGUUUUUUUGCGCAUUUAAUUAGAGGACUGUUCAAGUGGGGAGAGGGUGAGUUGCUAUGUUGUUUCUUGCUGUUCUACCAUUAUAAAUAAAUAUUGUUAGCAGGUAUAGGUUCUUUUUGCUUAUAUCGUUUGCUGAA